GCGCCGUCCGCUUGCGUCGCCCGCGCAGAACCAGCUCCCUGAGCCGCCCGGGCGGCGGGCAAGGGGCGAGCGGGCUUAGGCGAGUCCCAAGAGGCGCAGGCCUGGCCCGGGCCCCGCAGGUCUGCGUGUCUGUUCCCAGCACUCUGCAAGGCCAGAAAAGGAGGAGGAACCUGUCCAGAAUCCCUGCAGGACAAGAAAAGGAGGGAAAAUCUCAACAUGGAAAAACUCUGCAAGGAAAAUGAAGGAAAGCCGGAAAGUGAGGGAAAGCCAGAGGAUGAAGUAGAGCCUGACAAUGAAGGAAAGUCGGAUGAGGAAGAAAAACCAGAAGUGGAGGGGAAGUCAGCACAUGAGGGAAAGCUCCAGAACGAGGGGCAACCAGAAGAUGAGGGGAAACCAGAAGACGAGGGGAAGCAAGAGAAGCAGGGCAAGUCCGCAGAUGAGGGAAAACCACCGGGCGAGGGCACGAUGGAGUCCCAGGCAAAGCCAGAGAGUGAGCCACGGGCUGCCGAAAAGCGCCCUGCUGAAGAUUACGUACCCCGGAAAGCCAAAAGGAAAACAGACAGGGUGACAGAGGAUUCCCCCAAGGACUAUGAGGAGGACUUACAGGAAAGGCAUUUGGGCAGUGAGGAGAUGAUGAGAGAAGGUGGAGACCUGUCCAGGGCUCAGGAAGAGCUAAGGAAAAGACAGAAAAUGGGUGGUUUUCAUUGGAUGCAAAGAGAUGUACAGGAUCCAUUCACCCAAGGGGGCAACGGGGUGUCAGGGGAAUGAGGGGUGGAGGUAGGA